AAGGCCACCAGGAGGCGGCGGCUCCAUCUGCGACUGCGCAGUAGAAAGCAAGCAAAGCUGAAGACAAAUGACUUCGUCCUCACCAUAAAGAGUUUGUACGCUUUAGAAAGAAAAACAUGAAUGGCUCCCUGCACUCCAACGUGGUGGACAUUGAACUGAAGCGAGGCUUGGCAGGCCUGGGCUUCAACAUCGUGGGAGGCGUGGACCAGCCGUAUGUGGCCAACGACUGUGGCAUCUACGUGUCCAAAAUUAAAGAAGACGGAGCGGCCGCGCUGGACGGAAGACUAGAAGAAGGGGACAAGAUUCUGAUGAUCAACGGAGUGAAGCUGGAGGAUCAGACACACAAUGAAGUUGUCAAUCUCUUCAGGAAGGCAGGGGAGGAUGUGGAGCUGUGCGUCCUAAAAAAGCAGAAGAUGUGCGCUGUAAACAACACAGUCACUCUUACAACUCCACAAUCAAAGUACUAUGAGAGAGUAACGAAUACAAGUAAUUCUCCCCAUCAUGCCAACGGACCACCUAACAGCCCCCAAAGCGAUCCCACGUGGUCUGGCUCCUAUGUCGGCAUUCUGGCUGUGCUGAUGGGAGCCGCAGCCAUCUUGUCCUUGGUCUACUUAGGUCGCGUCAGAAGAGCCAUUUAAGCGUCUUCAUCAUCUCUUCUUUUUAAGGUGCAGCGUGUUGCUUUCAGCCAAAGAACGGAGGAAAGUCUUCUCGACCCGCAAGUGUUGUCUUUUCAGUCGGCACACUUGUCAAAUUGCGCGGGGGAUGAAAACAAGCGAUGCUCCGAGACUCAAGGGCCAAUCAUGAAAAUAGCGCACGCUUAAGGACACACACUUCUUUUGUGUAGCGAUGCCAUUCAUCAUGCUCCUAUAGUCGACGCUAUUCUGAGCAUGAAAACACCAAAUAACGCCAUUCGGUCCUGAAAAGCAACAAAAGCUGGCAUCCUUUGGCAUCUUCACUUUUAGUCCAACAUGUAAUUAUGACAGCCAUGCACUGUAAUGUAACAGGACCAGAAUAUUAUUUGUCUUUUUUUUUUUUUUUAAAGUGUACAGUAAAUUUGCUACGGAGUAUAAAAUAGCUCACGCCAGUUGACAGCCGCCAUGUUUCCAUUGUGUAUAUACGCUAUGUCGUCGUGAAAGAACAAUCAUAUUUUUCAAAUUGUGCACCGAGAGAUUGCUUGUAAUCACAGCUUGUUGGCGUUCUGAUACGACCGCUUGGGUCGGGAACUUCUGUAGCGCAGACUAAAAGUUAGUUUGGCUCUACAGUAGUAAAGACUACAAAAAAAGUGUGAGGGGUGGAAGGUUUAGUUUUGCACUAUAGCCACAGUAAUGGAGUGGUGACGUUUGUUGUCAACGCCGGGGCUGGCUUCUAAAUUGUACAUACAUUUCAUGUCGCUCUCUGCUGACUGGGAUUGUGAAUACUGACAAGAGAAAUGGAUUAGAAAUAAAAAUGUUUUACAGCUGGUCAAACUCA